AUGUCCAAACCCGGUAGUGGCAGCUUCCCAAGACGGGACGACGACGACAACAACAUCCGCUCCAUCCAGAAAACAGCCACAAGCCGCAGCGGCAGUACCUCCGUCUCCUCCAUGUCGAAAACCACUACCCGCAACACCACCGUUACCACAAAACCCACCAAAUCCGGAGGAGGAGGAGGCAAAACCAGCGGCAAGUUCUUCGGUGGACUCCUCCACAAAGUAGCCGACUGGGCCUCGACCAGCGAACCUUCCAUGCAAGCCCUUAACCAAUACAAGCAAGAAGCCUUCCAACGUGCCGGCGUUUCACCCAACGACACCGAUCCUCACACGAAACUUCACGCGCCCAUCGGCGAGAUCCCCGAGGACGCGAUAAGGCCGACCACGGGGCCGACGCCGGAGGAGGUGCUUAUGCGGAAGAAAGCAGAGAGGAAGAGGAGACAGAUGGAGGAAGAGCAACGGAGGGGGAGUAUAGCUGGAAGUGGGAGUACAGGUGGCGGUGGGAGAGGAUCUAUUAGGUCGGGUUCAAUAUCGUCGUCGACUAUGUCUGGUGGUCUGGGGUUCGGGGCUGGGACUGGGACCGGGACUGGGACUGCUUCGUCGACGGUUGGGUCGGGGUCAAGUAGGAAGGGAUCGGUUUCAGGAGGGAAUAGUGCUGUUCCGUGGGACACGAGUGGGUGGUGA